AUGUGCGUCUCUCUACCCGCAGGUCGCGAUCGCACCAUGGCGGUCAAGACCCCGAGCACUGCCACGAGGACUCGUCCCGUCCCCACACGGUUAUCAGCCGCAAUCUCGGAUGAUUCCAACAUCCAAGUGAUCGUGAGGGUGCGGCCGCCAGCAGGCCCUGAGCUGACGGGGUACCCCGGGCCCGGGGCAAAGUGUGUGGCGCAGGACGGCCCCCGGUCGCUGUUCCUGGUGAAUCCGGACAGGGCGGGCGCGACGGAGCAGUUCACGUUCGACCACGUGGCAGGGGAGAGCGCGUCGCAGGAGGAUCUGUUCGAGCUGGCUGGGAGGCCCAUAGUCGAAAACUGUCUUGGCGGAUACAACAGCACCAUGUUCGCGUAUGGCCAGACGGGCAGCGGGAAGACGUACACAAUGUUUGGAGCUGACGUGGACAAGGCUGACGUGGACAGACUGCGAGGGGAUAACGCUGACGUGGAGGUCGGGUCGAGGUGGGGGAUGAUCCCGCGAGUCUUCCAGCUGGUCUUCGCUCUCAUGCAGCAGGAGAAACAGCAGAGGGCGGGCGAGCGUCUGACGUUCAUCUGCACGUGCUCUUUCCUGGAGAUUUACAACGAGCACUUUUACGACCUGCUCGACCCCAAGCGCUGCAACCUGCAUAUCCGAGAGGGCCCCAAUGGCGUGUAUGUGGAGAAUCUCACCAAGCAGCCGGUCACCUGCUUUGCUCAAGUCAUGGAGCUAAUCCAGCGAGGAGCGAAGAAUCGGCGGGUGGCGGGGACGAACAUGAACCGGGAGAGCAGCCGGUCACACAGCGUCUUCACGUGCAACAUUGAGAGCACGUGGACGGUCGAGGGCAUCAGCAACCGGCGCUUUGGUCAACUCAACCUCGUUGACCUUGCGGGCUCUGAAAGGCAGAAGUCUUCAGGGGCGACAGGAGAGCGGCUCAAGGAGGCGAGCUCCAUCAACACGUCUCUCUCCCAGCUCGGCAAGGUGAUCAUGGUGCUGGUGGAGUCGCUAAGGGAGAACAAGCCUCGCCACGUGCCCUACCGCGAUUCCUACCUCACCUUCCUGCUCCAGGACUCUCUGGGAGGCAACUCAAAGACCACCAUUAUCGCGUGCAUCAGUCCAUUCGCCGGGUCGUUUCGGGAGUCGCACAGCACGCUCAAGUUCGCACAGCGGGCGAAGCUGGUGCAUAACAAGGCGGUGGUGAAUGAGGCUGCAGAGGGCGAGAAGGACGCUCUCAAGAAGGAGAUUGCCCGCCUCAAGGACGAGCUUCAUCGACUAACACCCCGCAACCCGGCCACUACCACUCUCAACCCCACCAGCACUGGUGCUGCUGGCUCGAUCGCUGCUGCUGGGACUACCACUGCUGCUGCUGCUGCCUGCUCUCCACUGGCAAUGGCGUUGCAGGAGAGGGCGAACUCGCCCAGGCAUGUGCAGCUGCUGGGGGAGAUUGAGCGGCUGGAGCGGACGCUGGCGGGGUGCUUGCGCAGGGAGAGCGAGCUGGAGAGGGAAGUGGGCGUUCUGAGGGGCGAGAAUGCGAAGCUGAGGAAGCAGCUCGCUGCUGCUGCUGCUGCUGCUGCUGCUACUGCUGCUCGUGGUGGGGUUGGGAAUCAGGUUGAUGUGACGGGUGCUAACGGUGGUGCUGGUGAUGCUGGUGGUGCAGAGGGAGAGGGGAUGGAGGGAAGGUUGGCGACUGUGGAGGAGGGGGAGGAGGAGGAGGAGGUGGAGGAGGAUGGAAGUGGGUCGGAGGGUGUGCAGAGUGAUAUGGAGAAUCUGAAGGAUCAGGUGGCGGAGCUGUUGGUGCAGAAGGCAGCAGCGGGCGGGGGCCACGCGCAGGCGCACAUAGAGGAGCUCACGCAGGAGCUGCAGGGCGCACGGGCAGAGCUGACGCGGUUCAGGGAGCACCUACGGCUGUCUGAUGCUGCUAACGAGCAGCUGGCGAGGCAAACGAAAGAGAUGGAGGCGGAGAUGCAGCUGCUGGCUGCUCAGAACCUCUCUCUGGAAGAGCAAAUCAGCUCUCUCAAGGCUCUAAACGCCGAUACCUCCUCCUCCGCGUUCCAGAGAGGCCUCACCACACAGAAGGGAGGUCUUACCUCCGCGCCCACUCCCGUCCCAUCAGUCGCCCGUGCUGCUGCCCCCAGCACUCUCAUUCCCACGCCUCUGGUCACCACCACUCGGGGCGCUCAUGCCGCCACUCCCAGCAGCGGCGGGUUUGGUACCGCACUGGGGGCAGGCAUUAAUAGGAACCUCGAAGAGGCGUUUUCUGGUGCCAAGGGAUUUGAGACUCCGCUUUCGACAAGGGGCAAGGGUGCUACAGCAGGAAGAGGCGGAGGAGGAGGAGUGGGAGGAGUAGCAGGUGCGGAGUGUGUGGUUGAUAGUAGGUCUUCUCUCAGGCAUGUGGGGAAGGAUCAGGAUCGGUUCAGGCAGCAGCGAUUGGAUUUGGACUCGGCAAUCAAAGGGAAACUGGAAGCAGAGUGGGCUAACAGCGCGCUCAAGGCGAAUCUGAAGCUCCAGGAGCAGGAAGCGAGGGAGCUUGUAGAGAGGAUGCAGACGGAGGAGGGGCGGAGGCGCGAGGCGGAGAGGCUGGCGGAGGAAGCGGAGAGAGAGGUUCGGGAAGCGGCCGCCGCGGCUGCGGCGUUGGCUCGGGAGAAAGCUUCGGUGGAGGAGCAGCUGCGGGCGAUUCAGGAACAGGUUCGGGCGCUGCAGGGUCGAGAGGAGCGGAGCGAGGAGGAGAAGAGGGAUUUGGAAGAGGCGCUAAGGAGGGAGAGAGAUUUGGGGGAGGAGGCUGCUCAGCAGGCGGAGGCUGAGUGGAAGAAGACUCAAGAGGCGACUGCUAGGAGGAUUGCUGCAGAGAGGAGCCUUCAGAGGACGAUGGAUGAGGCGAAGAAUCUGCGGGGAUUGCUGGAUGAUUCGGAGGAGACGAGGGCCAAGUAUGUGAGGUUGAAGCAUGAGCUACAGGCGGCGUUACAGAGGCUGGUGAAGGCGGCGGAACAGAAGGUGGAGGAUGAGAAGGCGUUGGAGAGGAUGAGGGAGGAGUUGGGUGCGGUGAGAGCGCAGGUGUUGAGUGCGGGAGAGAGGGCGGAGGAGGCAGAGAGGAGGGUGAGGGAGGGCGGGGUGGUGGGUGCGGGAGGUGAGGUGGGGGAAGGGGGAGUUGGGGCGGGUGUUGGGGGGGAUGAGGUGGCAGGUGGGGAGGGUGACGUGGUGGAUGCGGGGAGUGAGGUGGCAGGAGGAGAGGUGAGGGUGAGCGAGGGGGAGGAGGUAGAGAGGGAGCAGGCACAACGGCUAGUGGAUGAGCUUAUGAGGAAGGUGGAGGAGUUGGAGGAGAAAGGACGGGAGGCGGAGAGAAGGGCGGAAGAGGAUGUGGUGAGACUGGAGGUAGCAGCGAGGAAGGUGCAGGAGGCGCAGGAAGAGGCGCGUUUGGCAGGGGAGAGAGUGAGAGAGAGGCUGGAGGAAGAGGAGAGUGUGAGAGCGAGGCUGGAGGUUCUGGAGGGUCUGAUGCAGAGUGAGGAGGCAGAAGCUGUCAGGGCGAAUGCAGAGGUGAUGUUGCUGCAGGGGAUACUGGAAGAUAUGGAAGGUAUUGGUCGGUUUGGAAUGGUGAAGAUAGAAGGAGAAGGGGGGCUGGAGCAGGGGCAGUCUCGGGAAGAGCUGGAGGGGGAGUUGUUGCGGGUGCGAGAGGAGGUUGAGGGGAAAGAGGAGGAGAUUCGGAGGCAUAAGGAGGAGUUGGAGAGGAGUCAGAGGGAGUUGGAAGAGGUGACGGUGAAGCUGGGAGUGUGGGAGGACACGUGGGGGGCCUGGGAGACUCACCGGCAAGAGGUGCAAUAUCCAGGGGGAUGUUGGUAUGACAUGGGUGUGAGGUAUAACUGGGGGAGGGUGGUUCUGGAGCUGGUACAGCGAGAGUUGAGGGGGGUGAAGGAGGGGAAGGAGAGGGCGGAGGAGGAGAGGAGAGAGGCGGAUGAGGCAGUGUGGAAAGCGGAGAAGGAGGUGAGGGCUUUGGUGGAUGAGAAUGGGGUGCUGAGGGGGCGGUUGGGGUUGGAGGAAGGGGAUGUGGUUCCGGUGCCGGGGAAGGGGAGGAGAGAGAGCUUUGAGCUUGCAAUUGGGGCGCUUAGAGCGAGGAUUUGGGAUGGGAGGGUGAGGGAGAGGGAGUUGGAAGGGGAGGAAGCGAGGGUGGAGAGGGAGAGGAAGGUGGUGGAGGAGAGGAGGAGGGAGGUGGAGGAGAGGAGGAGAGAGGUGGAGGAAAAGAGGAGGCGGGAUGAGGAGGCGGGUGAGGGGGGUGUGCUGGGCGAGGAGGGUGUGCUGCAGGAAGAGAGGGAUCGGGAUGAGAUAUCAUCAGAGAUGGAGGGGAUAGGAGUGGGGAGUAACGAGCAGGAAGAGGUGUUGGGAACGGGGGAGAUGGGGGAGAUGGGGGAGAAGGGGCAGGUCACACAGGCGGUGCAGGCAGAGGGGGAAGGGGAGCGAGUGAAGGAGGGUAGGGGGCAGACGGAGGAUGAGAGAAGGAUGGAGGAGGAGCGGCUGAGAGCAUCGUCUGCUGCUCUGGAGGGGCAGGGAGCACAGAUGGAUGCUGAAUUGGCAGGGUUUAGGGCGGAGAGGGAGAAGCAGAGGAGGGAGGUGGAGCAGAUGCGAGCAGUAAGGGAGGUUCUGGAGCGGGAAAGGUGGCUGUUGGAUCAGAGGGGGGAGUCUGGGGUGGAGGAGAAGGUGGAGAAGGAGAAGGAGAAUGGGGAGGAGGAAAAGGGGAAAGGAGAGGAUGAGGGGGAAAGGAGGAGCGAGGAGAAGGGAGAUGGGGAAGGGGUUGGGUGGGAAGAAGGUGGGGAGGAGCAUGGGAUGGGGGUCCUGAGUUCUCCUGUUCGUGCUGCCGACGUGGGAACAGAUGGGGUGUCAGCAGUGAGCUUGCAGCAGCCACAUGCCACUCCAGUGCUCUUCUCGGCUUCUCGUGAACUGGGGAGAGGGAGGCAGGGUGGGAGAAUGAGCUUGCCUGCACGUCUGGAUGGAAGUGUGGUGUGUGCUGCUGGCGGGUUCGAGAGUGGGAGGGAGGGAGCGGUGGGGAGUGGUGAUGAAUGGUGGAGUGGGAGGAUGGAGAGGGAGAGGGAGAGGGAGCAGGAGGUGGAGAGGAAGGAGGGCGAGGUGAAGCAACUGCUGAAGCAGGUUGAAGUUCUUCAGAAGGAGAACUGCCUGCUUCACGCCCAGCUGUGUGCGUCAGAGCAGUCAGUGCGCGGCUCACUCGCUGCCAUGAGCACCCCAGCGCCCAUGCGGGCAAGGAGCAGACGAAGCACACAAGAGGGGUCACCUGGAGCGACGGAUAUGAGCAUGAGCAAGGGCAUGGGCAUGGGCAUGGGCUCCAUUCUUGAAACAGCAGGAUCGGCAUCAGAGUCGGGUAUUGGAGACAGUGAAGCGGCCGCGGAUGGGGGAUGCUCGCCUGAUGCAGCAGUAGCAGCAGCAGGAGGGGCAGCAGUGGAACUGCUAAAGGCGAAGGCGUUGAGGAGGCACCAGCAAGUGCUGCAAAAGGAUCAUGAGAUUCGCCAGCUUCGCACGCAGCAAGACCUCCUCCUUCACGAGAAAGACAAGUUUCUGGUGGAGAUACAGCAGAUUCGAAACAGCUGUUUGGUUCAGCAGCGGCAUGCAGUGCUGCAGAGGAGCAUGGCGGACAAGUGCAUGCAGACCAACCACACGCUCUCUCAGGAGAAUGCUCACCUCAAGCAACAACUGGAGGGCGUGCAGCAGCAGCUGGAGAAGGCAGAGGGCGAGCUUGUGGGGCUGGUGGGGCAGCACAACCCGAAGCAGCGCAUUCACACGUUUUCCAAGGUCAAGGUGGAGAACAGCACUCUGAGGGCGCAGAACGAGGAGAUGGCAGCAGCAGUGAAGCGCAUGGAGGGGCGGGUGAAGCGGCUAGAGGAGGAGGUGGGGCGGCACAGGAAGAAGGCGGGGCAGGCGGAGAAGAUUGAUUUUGAUGAGGAGGCGAGGCUGCAGCAGCGACUGGAGGAGGUGGAGAGGGGCAGUGCUGACGUGGCACAGAAGCUGCUCACUGUCUGCCACGCUGUCCUCCAGAUGACUGAGGGUACAGCAAACGGCCAUGCAGCUGGUAUGGAUGGGCAUGAUCCAGAAAAUGGCGGUGGCAGCAGCAACGGCAGCAGCAGUAGUGGUGGUGGAGGCAGCAGAGUAAGAGAGGGGUCGUUAGGUGCGGACCCAUCGGAUGCAGCCCUAGCGGCUCUGAACGCUCUCAAGUUCAGGAUCAAAGCUGCAGACGACGAGAUCAGCGACCUCAAGUUCCAGCCCCUUUCCCCUCCCCACCUCUUCCCUCCCUGCUCUCACCUCCCCUCUGCUUCCCCUACCCUCUCUCCCCUCCUCACUCUCCUCUCCCAAUUCUCCCCACUUCUCUCCCCUCCCUUCUCCCCGCUUGGCUCCAUCCUCUCCCAUCCUCCACAGGCGCGCAUGGCUGCAGAGAAGGCAGAUCUGUGUGAGCUUCGAGAGAAGAAUGCCAUCGGUCACACGGUGCAUGUGCUCUCUCCUCCGCUUCCACCCCAGUUUUCGGCCACGCUCGACUCCAUUCCUGCAUUGGCGGAUGAAAAUGCACUGGCUACUGUUGAGGCACCUUGA